UGAAAAAAGUAAUAAAUAAUAAAAAUUUACGCAUGUAGUAAGAGUAGUCAAGCCAUUUAACAAUUAAUCACUUCUAACUAAUAAAGGUAAUAGGGAAAGGAUCGUAUGCAAAAGUACUUUUAGUAAGAAAGAACGAUACAGGGAAAUUAUAUGCAAUAAAGGCUUUGAAAAAGAAGUACAUUCAAUAGAAGAGAUAGGAGGUAUGGAAUAAUAAUAUAAAAAUAAAAUAGGAACAUAUAAUGGUUGAAAGAAAUGUGUUGGUUUCAGCAAAUCAUCCCUUUAUAAUAAAAUUGGCAUUUUCAUUUUAAAAUGAGAGAAAAUUAUACUUUGUUUUAGAAUAUUGUCCAGGCGGAGAAUUGUUCAAUUUAUUGUAGAAGAAAAAGAAAUUGACAGAAGAUUAGUAAGAGAAUAAAUAUUUUUUAAAGAUGUCGAUUCUAUGUCUGUUAAAUGAUAUUGGCAAUAGAAUACUUACAUGAAAAUAAUAUAAUUUAUAGAGAGUAAGAUAUAAAUGUUUAAAAAUUUAGUUUGAAACCUGAGAAUGUGAUUUUGGAUGCAGAUGGGUAUAUAAGAAUAACAGAUUUUGGAUUAUCUAAAAAGAAUGUAAAAUAAGAUAAAGAUGCAUAUUCAGUAUGUGGAACACCUGAAUAUUUGGCUCCUGAAAUAUUAAUGAAAUAAGGACAUGGUAAACCAGUAGAUUGGUGGACAUUGGGAUGUAUUAUUUUUGAAAUGAUAACUGGAAUGCCACCUUAUUAUUCGAAUUAAAGGAGCGAAUUAUUUGAAUAAAUUAAAUUCUCAUUUCCUAAAUAUCCAUAGAGUUUAAGUUCUGUUUUAAAGAAUCUAUUAGAAGGUUUAUUUUAAAAAUAACCAGAAAGUAUUAAAAUAAUUUAAAUAUAUUUAGAACGAUUGGGAUACAAUGGAGCAUAAGAAAUUAAAUCACAUCCAUGGUUUGAAAAAGUAAAUUGGGAUUACAUAUUAUAAAAAAAAGUAGAAGCACCAUUUAGACCUAAAUUGACAAGUGAAGAGGAUACUUCUAAUUUUGAUUCAGUAUUUUAUAUAAAUUAAUGUACUUAAUAGGAAUUCACUGAGUGUACUAUAGCUUCAUUUGAUACUGCAAGUUCAGAAGGUAGAAUUUAUUACGAUUUUUCAUAUGGUGGAAGCAUGAUUAAGGAGUGAAUAUAAAUAAGAAU